AUGGCUACGACGCGCAGCCUUGAUCAUGCAAAGGCCGAAGCGGAACUGGCCAUCAACAUCAAGAAGGCCACCAGCCCAGAAGAGACUGCCCCAAAGCGCAAACAUGUGCGGAGUUGCAUCGUGUACACAUGGGACCACAAAUCUUCUUUGUCCUUCUGGGCUGGGCUCAAGGUCCAGCCCAUUCUUGCCGACGAGGUCCAGACAUUUAAGGCCUUAAUUACAAUUCACAAGGUUCUUCAGGAGGGCCAUCCGGUGACACUGAGAGAGGCAAUGGCAAACCGAGGAUGGAUUGACAGUCUGAGCCGCGGGAUGAUGGGAGAGGGUGUCCGUGGCUAUGGCCCCUUGAUCAGGGAAUACGUGCAUUUCCUGCUGGCAAAACUGUCGUUCCAUAAGCAACACCCAGAAUUUAACGGCACGUUCGAGUACGAGGAGUACAUCAGCUUAAAAGCCAUUCACGACCCAAAUGAAGGCUACGAAACCAUCACCGACUUGAUGACCCUUCAAGACAAGAUUGACCAGUUUCAGAAGCUGAUCUUUUCCCAUUUUCGCCACAUCGGAAACAAUGAAUGCAGAAUAUCUGCUCUUGUACCUCUUGUUGCAGAAAGCUACGGCAUUUAUAAAUUUAUUACCAGCAUGCUUCGGGCAAUGCAUUCAUCGACAGGAGAUAAUGAGGCCUUAGAGCCGCUCCGACAGAGAUAUGAUGCCCAGCAUUAUCGUCUUGUCAAGUUCUACUACGAGUGUUCAAAUCUUCGAUAUCUCACAAGCCUCAUCACCAUCCCGAAGCUUCCACCCGAUCCUCCGAACUUGCUCGCGGAGGAAGACACUGCCCCAGCCCUUCCAGCGCGACCUAAGCCAGAACCAGAGAAGCAGCCAACACCUCCUCCGGCACCAAAAGCUGAAGAGCCAGACGAAAUUUCCGAGUUCUGGAAGAACGAAAUUGACCGGCAGAAUCGGGAAUUUGAGGAACAGCAACGCGCCCUUGAAGCCCAACAGCAGGCAGCGCUUCUCGCGCAGCAGGAGGCGCAACGUCGGGCUCAGUUGGAGUUUGAGGAGCAACAGCGGCGCUUGCUCGAGCAACAGCAACGGGAGCAAGAAGCCCUGUUGGCUCAGCAGGCCCAGUGGCAGACUCAGGGGAGGAUUGCAGAACUUGAACAGGAAAACCUGAAAGCUCGUGCCCAAUAUGAACGGGACCAACUGAUGCUCCAGCAGUAUGAUCAACGAGUCAAAGCUUUAGAAGGCGAGCUUCAACAACUACAGACCAACUAUGGGCAGCAACUUGCGAACAAAGACGAUCAGAUCCGAGCUCUGCAGGAGCAAGUCAAUACCUGGCGAACCAAGUAUGAAGCUUUGGCGAAAUUAUACUCGCAGCUUCGCCACGAGCAUCUCGACUUGCUCCAGAAGUUCAAAGCUGUUCAGCUCAAAGCAGCUUCUGCACAGGAGGCAAUUGAAAAGCGUGAAAAGCUGGAGCGCGAGAUCAAGACCAAGAACCUUGAGCUGGCCGAUAUGAUCAGGGAGAGAGAUCGUGCACUACAUGAGAAGGACAGACUCCAGGGGGCCAACAAAGAUGAGGUUGAAAAGUUGAAACGAGAGCUCCGGAUGGCCCUUGAUCGUGCUGACAACCUGGAGAGGAGCAAGGGAGCAGAGCUCUCUAGCAUGCUUGCUAAGUACAACCGUGAGGUUGCUGAUCUCGAAGAAGCGCUCCGCGCCAAAACACGUGCCCUCGAGGAAGCCCAGGCUAAGCUUAGAGAAGGCAACUCGGAGCUGGAGGCUCUCCUCCGGGAGAAAGAAGAGGAACUUGAAGUGUACAAGGCCGGCAUGGACCAAACUUUGUUGGAGCUGAAUGAACUCAAGAAUAAUCAGAACACCACUGAUCAAGCGAUCGACAGCCAGAUCGACGCUUUGAUUCUCGCACAGCUGGACAAGAUCAAUGAGAUCAUCGACUCCGUCCUCCAAGCAGGUGUACAGCGUGUUGACGAUGCGAUUUACGAACUUGAUUCCACCAUGCAAGCUGGCAAUCAGAACGCGUCGCCUUCAUACGUUCUCUCUCAGAUCGAAAAGGCGUCAGCCAGUGCGACUGAGUUUGCCACAUCCUUCAAUGGUUUUAUCGCCGACGGACCAAAUAGCACCCAUGCGGACCUGAUCAAGAAUGUCAACGUCUUUGCUGGUGCCAUCGCGGAUGUUUGCAGCAACACUAAAGGUCUUGUCCGCCUCGCCACUGAUGAGAAGAAGAGCGACGCUUUGAUCAGUGGCGCUCGCCAGUCUGCCCUCGCGACAGUCAAAUUUUUCCGCAGCUUGCUGAGCUUCCGUCUGGAUGGAAUGGACCCAUUACAGAAGACGGAUGUUGUGAUUAAUUGUAACCACGACGUGAACUUAAAUCUUCAGAAGCUCAGCAAUCUUGUAGAAACAUUUGCUCCUGGCUUUGGCAAACUUGCAAAUAAGGGUGACCUGGGCGAGAUUGUUGAUCAGGAGCUCAGCAAGGCUGCUGAUGCUAUUGAGGCCGCUGUCGCUCGUCUUACGAAGCUCAAGAACAAGCCCCGUGAAAAUUACACGACAUAUGAACUCCGUGUUCACGAUUCUAUUCUUGACGCCGCUAUGGCGAUCACCACAGCCAUUGCAAGACUCAUCAAAGCUGCCACCAUUACACAACAAGAAAUCGUACAAGCCGGUCGCGGCUCAUCAUCUCGGACAGCAUUCUACAAGAAAAACAAUAGAUGGACAGAAGGUCUUAUCUCCGCGGCAAAGGCCGUUGCGUCCUCAACAAAUACACUCAUUGAGACCGCCGAUGGAGUACUGUCGAACCGCAACAGCCUUGAACAGCUGAUUGUGGCAUCUAAUGAUGUAGCUGCCUCAACUGCUCAACUUGUCGCCGCCAGUCGCGUAAAGGCUGGUUUCAUGAGCAAAAGUCAGGAGGAUCUGGAACAGGCCAGCAAGGCUGUCGGUGCUGCUUGCCGUGCAUUGGUUCGUCAGGUGCAGGAUAUGAUCAAGGAUCGUAAUGCAGAGGAGGAGAAGAUUGAUUACUCGAAACUGAGCGCACACGAAUUCAAGGUUCGCGAGAUGGAGCAGCAGGUCGAAAUACUUAAGCUGGAGAACGCUCUUGCGGCUGCCCGUCACAGACUUGGAGAGAUGCGCAAGAUAUCAUACCAGGAGGAGUAG